AUGUGGCAUACGACUGUAUUGCAAGGAUAUAAAGUAGGGUUCUUGGAAUUGGCGGGUAGGGUCGAGAAGCGCAAUUUUGUUAUUGCUAUCACGCACAUGCGCUUGGUGGAAGAUCUGAGCGUCUUAGAGGUUUUGAAAGAUAGUGUGGAUGAUUCUAGAGUAUAUCUACUUCUGGGCGGACACGAUUAUGAUCUCUUAAGGAGAUAUGAAGGAGAAUUGACAUACGACGACCCUACCGUUAUAGACGCUAGUGUACCCAACUCUGAAGUAAUUAUUGGUAAUACUGGCAUGAUAUGCGAUGCCAAUGGUGCGGUAUCCCGGUCCGUCACGGGUAACGCAACUCUGCACAACAUUUCCGUCACGCAAGUUGUAGACAUGAACAAACUCGCCCACGAUACUGAAGCUCUAUCGUCCUCCCUAACUACAGUGAAUCACUCUCUUAAACACGUAAACGAACAAAAGUCCAGACCCCCCUCUCACGCGCUCCUGCUCUCGCCCACGCCCCUCGAAGGCACAGGCUCUAUCGUCCGCUCCCGCGAGACAAACCUCGGAAACCUCCUCGCCGACAUGAUUCGCAUAUACUAUGCCGUCGACAUUGCCCUUGUUAACAUGCUAAUCGCGAUAUCUUGCUCUUCAAUUGUGAUAUUUAGGUGA